AUGACAUUCGCCUACCCACGAAAUACGGGCGCGUCUUCCCUUCCAUCCUUCAACCAAUAUAAGCCGGCAAGAUCGCAAAAUAUUCUCCACCGCGCGUGGGACUCCAUUCCUUCAGCAGCUAAACAAUGGCUCUCAGUUGGGGCUAUCAGUCGACAAUUCGGUAGAGACAGUGAAAGUGAAGGGAUCAAGACAACUGCGCUCAAACUUGUCAAACGCAUAUUUACGAUCCCUAACGCUAUUAUUCUACUGUGGAUGUUCUCAUUCCGGUGGGGCGAACGUACGGUAUUCGAGGACAGCAUCAACAAAUGCCUGUGGGAUACCUGGGAGCAGUGGCCUCAAGACGCGACACCACAUCACAUUGCCUUUAUCGCCGACCCCCAACUCGUUGAUCCCCAUACCUACCCAGGUCGGCCAUGGCCGUUAUCUACAUUCACGGUCAAAUACACUGACCAAUACAUGCGCCGAUCCUUUUCCAUGAUACAAGAUCACCUCGAGCCGGACUCAGUGCUAUUUCUUGGCGACCUCUUUGACGGCGGCAGAGAAUGGGCGACAGCUACAAGUAGCAGCCCCGAACCGCGGUGGAAGAAGUACAAGGACUCAUUUUGGAAGAAAGAAUAUGCGCGAUUUAUCAGGAUCUUCUUGGACCCGUGGGAAAAAGCACGAUCGCCGCCUGUCGAUGGACGAGGCCGGAAAAUGCUUGCCAGUCUGCCUGGCAAUCAUGAUCUUGGCUUCGGCAACGGCAUUCAGGUACCAGUCCGUAACCGAUUCGAGUCCUUCUUUGGGAGCACCAAUCGCGUCGAUGUGAUUGGAAAUCAUACUUUUGUUUCAGUGGACACGCCCUCGCUGAGCGCGAUGGACCAGCCCGAUCCAUUGACAGGCAGCUCUCCCACUGCCAGCGAUGAGAACCACCCUAGCCGCCCGAUUUGGAAGGAAGCAGAUGACUUCCUGGAUAAAAUGGCCACCCACAGGGCAAAAGCGGAGACGGACGAGCUACGAAUGCUCCAAAAUCAGAGUGAGGGACACAUGUUUGAUUAUCGUGUUGUCGAUGCUGUCGAGCCUGCCAUCCACCACAAGGCGGAGAACGUGAGCCCCGGCUUUCCUACUAUUCUUCUUAGCCAUGUCCCUCUCUACCGCAAACCAGGGACCCCUUGUGGGCCCCUGCGCGAGCACUACCCACCGUCCUCGUUGGACGAGGAACUGCAAGAGGACGAGCCUAACGCUCUGAGAAUUGCCGGUGGCUAUCAGUACCAGAAUGUUCUGACACAAACCAUUUCCACUGAAUUGGUCUCCAAGGCCGGACCCAAUAUCGUUCAGAUCUACUCUGGCGAUGAUCAUGACUACUGUGAAGUCUCACACCGGGAAUUCAACGGCUCACCCAACGAGAUCACAGUGAAGAGCAUUUCCUGGGCGAUGGGCGUCCGUCAUCCAGGCUUUGUUCUCACCAGUCUGUGGAACCCAAUUGAUCCUAAAACAGGAGCAGCCCUCCAAGACGGAUCACCACCUACCAUUCAAAACCAUCUUUGCAUCCUUCCAGACCAGCUAGCGAUCUUCAUUUACUACCUCAACGUUCUCGGCCUUAGCUUUUGCAUCCUCCUUUUCCGUGCCAUCUACCGCGCCCUCUACUCCCCAGAACCAUCUCCAUCCGGUGCCAUCCUCCCCCUCUCCGAGCGCCAUUCUUUCCCACAUCACCAGCAUCAAACCUCCGGUGCGUCCAGUUCCACCUUCCCCUCUCUGGGCGGCUUGGCUAGCCGCAACGGCCUGACAUCCACCCGCUACGCGGGCACUCCAUCCCCGCAAAGUGCUUACCGGGGUGCAGACGACGACUUCGAACCGGCCCCCUCCAAGGACAAAGCUGCAUGGCGCCCCGCAUCGGGUACCCGCUCCCGCUCAACGGCGUCUCUCGUCGCCCGGGAACUGUACCAGUCCAUGAAAAGUGUGGCGCAGGUGGUGCUGAUUGUGUAUCUCAUCCUGAUCUGGCGCUGGUAG